AUGUCUACUUCUUCUGCUCUAAUUCAAGAACGAUUCAGUCACAUUAAAAACGUGAUUCUUGUACUAUCAGGCAAAGGAGGUGUCGGGAAAAGCACAACAUCAUGUCAAUUGGCACUCACACUUGCAUCGUUACAUCCCGAUAAACAAAUUGGUAUUUUAGACGUUGAUAUUUGUGGUCCAUCGGUACCUGGUAUUUUAGGCUUAGCUGGAUGUGAAAUUGUUCAAUCCACAAAUACUUCUAGUAACACGGUUGGAUGGUUGCCUGUACAAGUUCCAUCAGCACCUAAUGUGAAAUGUAUGUCUAUUGGAUUUUUAUUGAAGAAUAAAGAUGAUGCAGUGAUUUGGAGAGGACCAAAAAAGAAUGCCAUGAUCAGACAAUUUAUUGAAGAUGUUAAUUGGGGCGAUUUGGAUUAUUUGAUCAUUGAUACUCCACCAGGUACAAGCGAUGAGCAUAUUACAUUGUGUGAGAUUUUAAGAGAUUUGUCAUUUAUUGUCACACAAGAGCAACAGCAACAGGAUCAAAACACUUCUUCUUCCAUUCAUAUUUCCACAAAUAUUUAUGCUAUCAUUAUCACCACUCCCCAACAAGUGAGUACCGUGGACGUGAGCAGAGAGAUUACAUUUUGCAGAAAGUUGAACAUUCCCAUCAAAGGUAUUAUUGAGAAUAUGAGUGGAUAUGUAUGUCCCUGCUGCAAAGAAAUUACAUUUAUCUUUGGAUCUGGAGGUGGAAAAAAAUUAUGUUCUGAAUAUAAUAUUCAAUACUUGGGUUCUAUACCUAUUGAACCAGAAUUAGCCAAUGCUGAAGAUAAUGGAAUUAAUUACAUUAAGAACUUUGCAAACUCGGUGACUGCAACACAAUUUGAAUCCAUAGUCAAGAAUUAUUUGUAA